CACUAGUCUUUUUCCGGUACGCAAGGUCGUCUAAUCACAAGAAACCAUGGCUGAUGUCGAAGUUGAAGUGCCCGCCAACCCCGUCUUGAGCGGUGGUGCCAUGGACGUGAACACAGCCCUACAGGAGGUUCUGAAGACGGCCCUCAUCCACGGAGGACUAGUCCAUGGACUUCACGAGGCCGCUAAGGCUCUUGACAAGAGGCAAGCUGUCCUUUGUGUGCUUGCUGAGAACUGCGACGAGGCUGCCUACAAGAAGCUCGUCCAGGCUCUUUGCAACGAACACCAGAUCCCACUUGUGAAGGUCGACAACAACAAAAAGCUCGGUGAAUGGGCCGGACUUUGCAAAAUCGACAAAGACGGCAAGGCCAGGAAAAUCGUCGGCUGCUCGUGCGUAGUUAUCAAGGACUUCGGUGAGGAGACACCAGCGUUGGACGUGCUCAAAGACUACCUGAAGUCUUCAAGCUAAUCAUCCACCUAGUGCUUAAGUUAUAAAAUAAAAAUUCAAAAAAACUAA